GACACAAAUAUAAACAAAUCAUCACUUUUUUUGGUGACAAACGUCUCAAUGGUUUGCAAACAAAUGAAUCAAUGAAUCCAUUAAUUGAUUGUCUUUUCUGUGCUAUUAAUUAGUGGUGUUUUGAAUGAAUGAGUGAACCAUUGGAUCAAAUAGAGUGCAGACAUGAUUGAGAUCAGCGCUCGUCUGAGUCGUGGAGCCGUGUAUUUCACUGAAGAGACCAUCAAAUGUGUCAUCACUUUCACGAAUGUCACCCAAUUGUCCAUUCAUUGCAAUACUAAUCACACCAAUAAUGGCAUCGCGAGCGGCAGCGGAUCCAGUCAUGGAAAGCCGAAACAGUCGGCGAAUGGGAGCGGAGAAGUGGAGACUCUGUGUUGGGCUGGCGUUCAGAUCCACUGUUACUGUACUGUCGAUGAGCACCGAGUGGUGAACAACGAGUCGCAGACGUCUUCGGCGGCGGCGAUGGCCUCAACGGACACGUCAUUCAAUCCGUGUCUAAUGAAAGGAGAAAAGGGACGCGUUUUAUACGCUUCCAGUCCUAAGAUAUUGUUCUGUGAUCUAAACCUUAAGCCAAACGAAAGCAAAUCAUACGUUUAUAGCGAGACAAUACCCGAUUGGGUUCCGCCCUCUUAUAACGGCCUCAAAGUUAAAUACCACUACAAGCUAUCGAUCGGCACUCAACGGAUCCAUUCAGCCAUUCAAUUGUUACGGAUUCCCAUUCGUAUUCUUACGAUCGACAAUCACGUGAAAUCGGUGUCCAAUUCAGUCGAUACGAACCAUAGGAGGAAUUCCACUCAUAAUAACGGAUCAAAUGAUGAGAGCGACGACUGUUUUGAAGAUCAGCCACAGAAACGCAAAGACUCGGUUGUGUCCAACGACUCGAUGUCUAACUUUAUACGCAAUGAUGACACCGACUCGACCGUCAAUUCAGUGUUAGACCUAUCGCUGCAUCGACUCGACUGUUUGACAGCCAAACGCUGUCCACAGAGUUAUGUCAUAACCAAUCAAUUGGGAAAAGUGGCCAAAUUUUGUGUCUUAAAGUCCACAUUCAAAUUGGGCGAAGACAUUGUCGGCAUUUUUAAUUUCGUUGAGUCUACCGUUCCCUGCGUUCAGUUUUCAGUGACCCUUCAGAGCGAAGAAGUGAUUCAAGAAGAUUAUCGCGUCAAAGACCUUAAGCCGUCUUCUUUCACACAAACAACGAGUUAUGGAAAAUAUAAUGAAUUUUGUCUUCAUAUGAAUCACUCGCAGAUGAUAUUAUCGGUUCCGUUGACAGUGACGCCCACUUUCACCAGUGAUAUGAUAUCUGUUUCGUGGAGACUUCACUUCGAGUUCGUGACCACCAAACCGGAGGACGUGAUGAACACCGUUCGCACCGACUCUCAGGGAGUGACAGAACAGUCGCCGGCGCUGCUAAACGUGCAGACAAUGGUGUGGGACUUACCCAUUGUUAUAUACGCCACUCAUCCCAUUCAAGUGGCCCGAGGUUUUCAAAUACCGGCCGCCUCUACGCUCACUGUUUAGUCCCGACACCACUCCAAACAGUUAUAUUUAAUUUAAACCAAUUAUACAUUUAUUAAUUAAAUCAAUUUAAUUAUACUUUUAUUAAUAAUAUCUACAAUAAGUUUAUAUUUUUAAAAAACAAUUUAUUACUCUUUGAGAACUCAAUAAUAGCGCUAA